ACGGAUUUUGCCUCCACGGUGUUGCUUUGGUGCCGGAAUAUUUGAACGACACUGCAGCCCUCGCCUUUUCCAGAGCUCGUUGCUUUCUGAUUCUGACAUCCGGAGAGAGACUGGCUUUGCCUUCUUCUGCCUUGACUUAUAUUUCACUCUUCUAGCACUCUGAGACAAUUGUCCGCUUUCUGGGAUGUCCAUUGACAGGAAAGCAUUUGUUGGACUCGUCUUUGUGCCAUGUAAGAGAGUGUCAACGAGGAGAACAAAGCCGGUUUGCAUCAAUCAAUUUAAACAUUCUUCUUUGUGCAUUGUUCUCUCCCGCCGGUACGGAUAUGAGUGUUAUAUCUCUCCCCUCCUCGACUUCUUUACUACAAGCGGGUGCACGUAACUAGUAAGUAACAAUCUUGACCAUCGUACAAGAGCGCAUAUAUAUGAACAAAAUGACUCUCGCAACUCUUUCCAUCCUCGGACUUUUGAUUUCCACAUCCGCCCUCGCGCUCCCCACAAACAACACGACCUCUUCCCUCGUCCUACACAAACGCGAGGAGGGAAGCUGCAAAGACCUCAGCCAACCCAUCGAAUGGCAGAACAACAUGGGCGUCCACUAUUUCUGCCAGCACUGGAACCCCACUCCCGAGAACGCCAAUCCCUCGAAAGAAAUCAAAAUCCACGAACCCGAAGUCUGGACCAUCUACCUCAAUGACUACAAGGGCACUACACAGAUCCCAUGGGUCUACAAGGUCUGGAUCUCGUGUACCAAGGGAACGGCAUCUACGUGCACAGCAGCGCCAAGGUCGGUCACGCACGAACAGUGUGUGAGGAAGAUGAAGGAGUUGCUCAGUGAGGGGAAGUUGGGCAAUGAGUAUUGUGUUGUGGACGGGACCGAGGAUGUUCUCUUUCAGCAUGGGAGAAUUGAGGAGGAGAUUUUGCCAUUCGGGUGGCUCAACUUUGAGAGUUAUCGUAGGGACUCUCAACUUUGAGCUACGAAGGGACAGGGGAUUCCUGCAUUCAUGUUUGCACUUCUCUUUGGUAGCUAUUGAUUUUAGAGGUGAUUGUGUCGUUUCACACCCGACUGAACACCGCAAUGCGUUUUCCUCUGUACUGCGACUUCAGCGCCUAUUUCAACAAGCUGGAGGUGCAGCAAUCAUAACAGGCCUUGCAAAUAGCUUCCUCGCGCCUCUCUCACCGUAUAAGGAG